AUGUUUGUUAUCAGUACCGACGAGGAUGCCGUGCGUGCUCUGUCACUGGACGGUGAGCGCAUCCAUAACGCCAAGAUAAGAAUUCUGCCGUGCGCGCCGGGCGAACCGGAAAGAGUAUGCCGGCAUAUCCGAAGAAAAAUUAAAGAAAUCGAGGACGGUGAACUACUCGAGCAGAGAAACAUUGCAACGCACCUAUCGGAAAUCCCGGAGACAAACGACAUCGCGUUUAUCCAGUCUGUGACAUCGGCGGGUUUUCAUAAACUACCGGCGGUCGUGACCCGGACGGCUUCGCGGGCUUGUGCCCGUCGAUUAUCGUCGAUCGGGGUCCACAGGCAACCGGCUGCGGCACCGUAUACUAAAAGGCGCCCACUCGCCUAA